AUGGAUCGACCACUCGUUAUCCUACCGGACUACCUUGAAGAGCGUGUGGUCCGGCUCUCAAACAUGAACGUUGGACUCUUCGAAAUGGAGGAGUCAGUCCGUCCCUGCAGCCGGGGUAGCUUAUACCAUAUCCUGCGAUGCGGUCAUAAGGUUCGCACCACCGUUCCGGAGCGCUGCGGAGAAAAUUGCCGCAUCUUUUGGAAUGGAUCAGACUUCGCCUGCCCACGCUGCAUUGAGAAAGAGCUACGAGCAAUUCGUGCGGCUGGCGACGCUAUGGAAAUCCCUGAAGAAGACAUCAUUGCGGAGAUUAAGUUCUCUAUUGACGCUGAAGUCGCCUUAAGUCGGAAGCGUGUUGCCACUACGGUGAUGUAUCGCGACUCUAUAGAAGACUUCUAUAGGGAUAACUUCCCGGAACUGAUGUUGAGCACAAGUUCCUGCGUACCUCAGCGAGGGCACAGCCCUGGAAUCCGGAGAUCUGGCAGCGAUAUCACCGGACCCAUACUGCUGAUGCUCGGAACUACAGCCGUAGAUAGCCUGACCGAGGAGCUUCAAUCAUUCGGCGCUGCAAUCCGGGAUGACGGAGACCACUCUCAGGUCGACGAAAUUGAUGAUAUGUUCGGACGUCUCGAAGCCAAGGGCCCAGAACAAGACGCGAACAUUUCCGGAUAACCGGUCUACGCCGUCGAUGACCCGUAUAAUCGAGGGUAGAAUCAGCGAACUACCUGGAUAUCGCAUUGCAGUAAUGUCAUAAUCAUACUCCCCUUGGGUGGAUAGUUCUACCACCCGAACAACUAGUGUAGGUACACCAGUAUCUGCCAUUUAGUUAUAUCAUGACUGGUGAGAC